AUGCAGCAGUCAGUCGACUGUCCACUCAAGGGCGUGUUGUCUUCGGUCAGUGUAGCUUAUAGUGUGACUUCGGGGCAGUUGAAAAUUUGUGGAAAUAACGAGUUAUUCGCAAGUAAUCGUUUAACAUGUCGAUACUGUGUAGAAUCUUACGUCAUAUUCCCUUGGCUACCAGUUCAGCUCAAUACUGCUUUUAAAACAUCCGAGGAUGUAAAUACUGAACAGAGCACUACUACUAUUGAUGACAAAGAAAGGAGCUGUGGUCCUAGAGUAAAAGUAGGUUUCCAAGCAGAAACUCAAAAGCUACUGGAAAUAGUUGCAAAAUCUUUAUACUCAGACAAAGAGGUGUUUGUGCGUGAGUUGAUUUCAAAUGCCAGCGAUGCUAUUGAGCGCUUAAAGUUACUUCGUCUUUCUAGUCAAGUUCAGUCCACUUCCAAUGACUCCCCUUUAGAAAUACACAUCAAGACAGAUGAGACGAAAAAAAUCCUUGUCAUCCAAGAUACAGGAAUCGGAAUGUUGAGAAAUGAACUAGAAAAGAAUCUUGGAACAAUAGCCCGUUCAGGUAGUCGAGAAUUUGUCUCUAAUCUGGCUGGAGACAAGGAGAAUCCUAAAUCUGUGGAUAUUAUUGGUCAAUUCGGAGUUGGUUUCUAUGCUUGCUUUAUGGUGUCUGAUAAAGUUGAUGUCUACUCGCGUAGUCACUUGGACAAUAGUUCUGAUGGACUCGGGAGUUAUUGGUCUUCCUCUGGUCUAGUAAAUACAGCAGUGGUGGUGUUCUUCAGUUAG